AUGUCCAACCAAGACUCCCCAGCCGGGACGGGACCCGACAUCAACGUGACGGGCCUCAGCUACAAAUUCCAAGACGGAUCACUCGGUCUACGAGAUAUAUCACUGGAGCUACCUGGCGGCAGCCGGACAUUACUGAUCGGAGCCAACGGGGCGGGCAAGACGACUCUCCUCCGUCUCCUGUCCGGCAAGAGACUAGCACCGGCGCAAACGAUCCGCAUUGCCGGCGUCGACCCCUUCUCCGCGGGUCUCGAGGGCGUGACGUACCUGGGCCUGGAAUGGGUGUUGAACCCGAUCGUGCGAACCGACAUCGCGGUGCCCAUCUUACUGGAUUCCGUCGGCGGCUCCUACUACCCGGACCGCCGCGACGAGCUGGUGCGGAUCCUCGACAUCGACCUCCGCUGGCGCAUGCACGCGGUCAGCGACGGCGAGCGGCGGCGCGUGCAGUUGGCCAUGGGCCUGAUUCGGCCGUGGGACAUUCUGCUCCUGGACGAAAUCACGGUCGAUCUGGAUCUGCUCAGUCGCAGUAAUUUCCUCGGUUGGCUGCGUGGCGAGACGGAGCGGAGGGGCGCCACCAUCGUCUAUGCCACGCAUAUCCUGGACAACUUGGUUGGGUGGCCGACGCAUCUCGUCCAUAUGCAUCUCGGCCGUGUCAAGGAGUGGGGGGCCAUGGCCAAAUAUGAUGCCGAGACCGAUUCCUAUAAUCGUAGUGGGAACAGUCGCUUGGGAGAAUUGGUCUUGAAGUGGUUGAAGGAGGAUCUGGCGGAGAGGGGGCCCAGAAAUCGCCUGGGGACUGGCGAGGACAAGACUUAUGAGAGUCUCGAGGGGUUGGGCGGUUAUGGGCAGGAAACGAAAGAUGAUGGGAAGGAAUAG